AUGGGCUUGCGCAACUGCCUCCACGGCAAUAAUAUGUCAGGACAACGCCAUAUCCCCCUUGAAGUCGAGGAACAGCCCGAGCCACCAUCUUUGGAGGCCCCAGGGGCAGCUGCCCCCAGUGCUGGGCCUAGCACAGCCAAAGAGAUGGAGACCCAACCGCCUCACAGCGAGCCCAUCCCCAUCAAGAUUGAAGGCAAGACCUGUGGACCCCCUGAGGUCUCCAGGCCCAAGCACCAGGGCCCAGGCGAGGCCGUCCACGAAGCCAAAGGCCUUGGAGGCUACAGCCCACCUCCUGAGGAAGCCAUGCCCUUCGAGGUCAAGCAGCCCAGCGUGGGAGGCUUCUGGCCUACCCUGGAGCAGCCUGGAGCCAUCAGUGGGGCCCAUGCAGGCCUCGAGGCCUUCAGCCCAGUGCUCAUGGAGCCUGGAGCCCUCAGUGAGGCCAAAGCAGGCUUGGGAAGCUACAGCCCUCCACCAGAAGAAGCUGUGCCCUAUGAGUGUGAGCACCCUGCCCAGGGAGACGGCAGCCAACCUCUCUUGCAGGUCUCAGACCUCGCUCCAGGAGGCCUGGGUGUGGGGGUCUUUAGCGCCCCCCCAGUGGAGCCCCAAGCCCUCAGACCUGCAAACGCAGGCAUCAGAGGAGGCUGCAGCCCUCCCCUUGAGGAGGCUAUGCCAUUUGAGUUUGAUGGAGCAGCCUUUGGGGACAACAGCCCACCCCCUGGUCUCCCCGGAGCGAACCUACAAAUCGACGACGGUGGCGGCAGCCAGUUCACGGCAGUCACGGUGCCGAGUGCGGUCCUCCUCACUCCCGCCGCGAGCGAGCCCCCCCUCUGGGUCCCAGACGCCAUCGGCUGCUCAUCCCGAGAGGCUGUCAGACCUCCUCCACACUUCGUGGGCGACAGCCCCCCGAUGGAGAUCUCCGGACCCCCGCUCGAGAUUGGCAGCGCCCCCGUUGGGGUCGACGACGCUCCCGUCAACAUGGACAGUCCCCCAAUCGCGCUUGACAGCCCGCCCAUCGAGGUCUCCGGAGCCCCAGUUAAGAGCGAGCGAGCAGAGGGAGAGAGACCCCCAGUUGAGGGCGAAGCAGCCGAGAUGGAAGGAAGCUCAGCCGCCGCAGCCGCAGAGGGAGGCAAAGUCCCCUCUCCAGGAGAUGGAGAUCCUGCCGCCGGGGCCGCUCCUGCCGCCCCCGAUGCUCCAGACACCGGGGCAACCACUGCCGCUCCAGCCGCUCCAGCCGCUCCAGCCGCUCCAGCAGCCCCUGCCGCUCCAGCCGCCGGGGCAGCCCCAGCCGCCUCUGAUACUCCAGCUGCCGGGGCAGCCCCUGCCGCUCCUGCCGCUCCAGCCGCCCGAGCCGUUCCAGCCGCCCGAGCCGCUCCAGCCGCCCGAGCCGCUCCUGCCGCCGGAGCCGCUCCUGCCGCCCGAGCCGCUCCUGCCGCCCGAGCCGCUCCUGCCGCCCGGGCAGCCUCAGCCACUGGAGCCCGCCCCAAGCCCCGGCUCCUUAGACCCCCCAGCCCCGAGAUCCAGGCUGCCGAUCCGCCUACUCCGCCGCCUGCUCGCGCGUAUGCCUGGCGGGGCAGGUUCGAGCGCGGCCGCGACGACGACGAAGGAUCGGUCAGCAGCAGCGACGAAUCCGACGAUGGGACCUCCGGGUGCUCCAGCUGCUGGCAGCCCAGGCGCAGUCGCCGCCGCCGAAAGCCGCAGCGUAACUUGCUCCGCAACUUCCUCAUGCAGGCCUUCGGGGGCUGCUUCGGCCGAUCUGAGAGCGCCGAGCCCAGAGCCCCGCACAGCCCCAAGGCCAAGAAGGUUCCUCUGGCGGAGAAGCGCAGGCAGAUGCGCAAGGAAGCCCUGGAGCUGCGCGCCCAGAAGCGCGCCCAGAAGAAACGCAGCAAGCUCAUCGACAAGCAGCUACAGGAUGAGAAGAUGGGUUACAUGUGUACACACCGCCUGCUGCUUCUAGGUAAUAAAAGUGGUGGCUACAACACUGAGGGUCGUUUCCAGCUGGACAAACCAGCGCCAGCGACCGUAGGACGACACCGAGUCCUGGGGUGGGGGACGGCAAGAAAGGCGGGGGCCUCAGGCGCUGGAGAGUCUGGUAAAAGCACCAUUGUGAAGCAGAUGAGGAUCCUGCAUGUUAAUGGGUUUAAUGGAGAGGGCGGCGAAGAGGACCCGCAGGCUGCCAGGAGCAACAGCGAUGGUGAGAAGGCCACCAAAGUGCAGGACAUCAAAAACAACCUGAAGGAGGCCAUUGAAACCAUCGUGGCCGCCAUGAGCAACCUGGUGCCACCCGUGGAGCUGGCCAACCCCGAGAACCAGUUCCGCGUGGACUACAUUCUGAGCGUGAUGAACGUGCCCGACUUCGAUUUCCCUCCCGAGUUCUACGAGCACGCCAAGGCUCUGUGGGAGGACGAGGGAGUCCGCGCCUGCUACGAGCGCUCCAACGAGUACCAGCUGAUCGACUGUGCCCAGUACUUUCUGGACAAGAUUGACGUCAUCAAGCAGGCCGACUACGUCCCCAGCGAUCAGGACCUGCUUCGCUGCCGCGUCCUGACUUCUGGAAUCUUUGAGACCAAGUUCCAGGUGGACAAAGUCAACUUCCACAUGUUUGAUGUUGGUGGCCAGCGCGACGAACGCCGCAAAUGGAUCCAAUGCUUCAAUGAUGUGACUGCCAUCAUCUUCGUGGUUGCCAGCAGCAGCUACAACAUGGUCAUUCGGGAGGACAACCAGACCAACCGUCUGCAGGAGGCCCUGAACCUCUUCAAGAGCAUCUGGAACAACAGAUGGCUGCGCACCAUCUCUGUGAUUCUGUUCCUCAACAAGCAAGACCUGCUCGCUGAGAAAGUCCUUGCUGGAAAAUCGAAAAUUGAGGACUACUUUCCAGAAUUUGCUCGCUACACUACUCCUGAGGAUGCUACUCCCGAGCCUGGAGAGGACCCACGCGUGACUCGGGCCAAGUACUUCAUCCGCGACGAGUUUCUGAGAAUCAGCACUGCCAGUGGAGAUGGGCGUCACUACUGCUACCCCCACUUCACCUGCGCCGUGGACACCGAGAACAUCCGCCGCGUGUUCAAUGACUGCCGCGACAUCAUCCAGCGCAUGCACCUCCGUCAGUAUGAGCUGCUCUAAGAAGGGAACCCCCAAAUUUAAUUAAAGCCUUAAGCACAAUUAAUUAAAAGCAAAAUGUAAUUGUACACGCAGUUAAUCACCCACCAUAGGGCAUGAUUGACAAGGCAACCUAUCCUUCCCCUUUGAGUGAUUUUGCGAAACCCCUCUUCCCUCUCAGCUUGCUUAAAUAUUCCAAAUUUAGAAAGCUUAAGGCGGCCUUCAGAUACAGAUAAAGAUAAAGAAAAAAGGCCAAAAUGGUUCCCUCUCUCUUUCAGUAAUUAAAAUAACAGCAGCAAACAGAAAUAAAGAAAUAAAAGAAUUAAAUGAAUUAAAUGAAUUCAAUAUUGUCUUGUGCAGCAUUUAAAAAAAUCAAUAAAAAUUAAAUGUGAGCAAAG